AUGGGGGGAGGCGCUUGCAAAAUGGAGCGCCAUGACGUGCAGCCGAGGGUUUCCAGUAGUCGGGUCAGCGAUUGCUCCACGCCCAGGCAACAGGGAGUUACUUCCGAUUCAAGUGAAACCGUUAAAAAAGAAGAGGAACAGCAACAACAACCGAUUCUUAUACCAAGACAACCUUUGGGACCAGGAGCUACCACACCGCCACGGCCAAUGGGUGUUGUUAAAAUUGGUGACCCACUGGAUAUUAGAAGUGGUGUCGGAAGCCCACAAUGUGAUGUAACUCUGACAACAAACAACACUUGGAACCACUCAACCUCGGCCUUCACUACGAGGUUACCCCAUUUUGUGAACACGGAGGGAUUUGAUGCCUCCACAGGUGUUAGGUGGACGGACAACGAUACGGCACCAAACCGUCCUCGAUCCCGUCGAACAUCUAUACUAGUAGAAAAGGAAAGUGCGGCUUAUCAUAACGGUUAUCCUGCUACAUAUGAUGGUGACAGGCACCAGCGGAGUUACUCUCGUGGAGGAAGUUGGUACAAAAAUGCCGAGAACAGUGUUUUCCUCCGUUCCACUGAUAUGCCGUCCUUUGCUGGGAAUAGCGCACGUUACCCUGGUGAUGAGAAUAGGAACAAGUCGUUUGCGUCGGCUGCAAAUAGUUCAUACUUUUUUGGUGCCAGUUGCAGCCGUCGGAGCGUUGCCCGCAGCGGGACUUGCGUCGUGAACCUGGCAGAAAGCACGAAAACUUUGAGAGGGGCGAUGGCAACCUUAAGAAAGCAUGUUCAGCAGGGAGCGAAACCUCUGUCAUUGCGAAGUUCAUAUCGGGAUGUUGGUGGUUCCAUGGGUUGCUCUUAUAAUGACGACGUCCCCAGGUCGAGACUACCGAGCAUUUUUACUGCUAACAACGCUAUUACGCCUGCACCGGAUGGGUCAAUGUAUGGUGAGUAUAAUGCAUUUAAUCGUGAUUAUGAUGCUCCGGGGGUGUUGGGUGGUGGAAGGGGCGCGAUGUUCCCCAACGUUCCCAUCAAUGGAGGUUUUAAAAAGUCUUCUGUACCCGCGCCACAUGUGGGUUCCUUGUUAGAGUUAGUGGACACUUCUACCGUUUCAGUGUUUGCAGCGGAUUCGCGUGCGGAAAGUACGGACGAUGCGAAUAAGCAACAGCUGCGACGAGUGGCAAACAAUGUGGGGUGCAGUCCUGUUGUAAAGGUCGCAUCACCUCCGCGGCAGGCUCAGAGAAAUUGUAGGGUUGUUGUUCGGGAGGAUUUGGAUGGUGUGGAGUGGCACACAAAAAAUGUCGAGUUCCCCGUAGUUGGUAGCGAUGAAGGAAACAAAAGUCGCGAAGUUAGCACCACGUUUGCAUUGCCCGGAUCAAUUUGUACAUUUGGGGCCACUACUGACGUAAGUGAAGAUAGUGGUCCACGCGGUUGGGUUGGCGUUGGGGGGGAUUUUGGAGUUAGUAGUAGUGAUUGGUAUGCACGGCAACGCAGUAAGUUAAUGUCUGAUGAGUCCGACGUAAACUCUAAGGAUGGUGCAGGUGAAGUUGAUUCCAGUGGUGACGCCGCGGAAGAGAUGUAG